CUACAACCAAUUAUGCCUCUCUAUCGACUCGUUACCCUGCGGCGCAGUCAACAUACCCCUGUGGUUUUGAAUUGAAGUCAUCGUGACUAUACCGUUUCUGGUGCGAUGGAGCGCUCUCGUCAAUUACGCCUUGAUCCAGUCUCAUCUUUAGCUGACACUUUUCGCCAUAAGCCAGAUAUAAGCUAUCAGCCUCAAGCAUAAGCAGACGUAUAAAUCCAAGCACCUCCUAUCAAACGAGAACCAGCAACAUCAGGGAUCUCGCAAUUGCCUUCUUCAAACCGUCACGAUGGGACAUUCCGACUCCAAAAUACUACCCGAAAUGUCGCCUCACUCCGUCCAACGAGGCAUUCCCCAUGUGCUCCGCGCCUCAUACAAGAAGGGCUUCUCAUCUAAAAUCCUUGUCCACCUGGGAGAGCCCGAUAGAGAGCCUCUCUAUUCCAUCAGCCUUCCUGCUGGCUGGUACGGGCAAAUGCUCUUACAUGAUGGCCCCAGCUCGGACUCUCCUAUCCUCGCCGGUGCUGAGCCUGAAGGCAAAUGGCGAGUCGACUAUGGCAUUCUCCUCCCCUCCAUCCCUGGAUAUGAAUCAUCAGGCAGAGAAAUCCUACGCCGCAAGAACACCAUGAAAGACCGAUACUGGUUCGGCAUGCAAGUCGGCCAAGGACCAAACCGACAUGUCGAAAGAUUCGAAUGGAGGCGUUCUCACGGUAGUGAAGUCAAAAGCGUCGGAGAAUCAAGAUACGGCUGGAAGCUUGUCCGGCUGGGCCAUGGAGCCGAAGAGCCUAACGAUGGCAACCCCAACGAUGAACCAGAUCGGGGAAAUGGAAUUACAAACGACGGUCACGAGGUUGUGGCUGUGUGGGCUGGGAGCGGUGAUUGGAAAAGCAUGCACAAGAUUGGAACUUUCCAACUUGUUGGUAGUGGUGCCACGGGUGAAUUGGGUAUGCAGUGGAAGAUCAUGGCACUUAUGAGUUGUCUGUGUUUCUGGCAGAAGACGAUGCGUGAUAACACUACUAUUGCUAUCACUUAGCUGCCGGGAAAAAGAGAAGGGAUUGAAAUCAUUGAGGAGUCCAGGUAUAGGAGUCCUGGUUUAGCAGACGAGAUAAAGGCUGAUAUCCACUAACAAGCAGUAUUCCGAACAGGCGAAGCAAUCACAAAACAAGUUGCCAUCAACAUUUAAUAAAUCAUGAUAUUGUUCAACCAACACAAAUUUCGUAUAAUGUAUCACAUUUGGCUACCUCCCCGAAUAAUUCUAGAGUCUCGACCUAGCAUUCAUGCAAGGGUAUGCAUGCUGUGCCUUACACCAAGCUCAGAUGGGAACUGGCCAGGUUCAAAGAGCACUC